UGAAAAUUACAAAGAAAGUUCCCUGAAACUUAGUGUGAACACUCCAUCAAAUCAAUCGUGUAUUUGUAGAGAGAAACAAAGUUCUCUUUUACUUUCUCUCUCCUGCAGGCUCAGAAUCCUUUUGUAACUAUUCUCUGAAUUUCCAUUCAUUCUAUGUAGUUUCCUCUUUUGUUUUCUCUUCUUUUUCCUUGAAGCAAAGUGAACUUGUGGUGUAUCUUUCCAAUUGAAGUGAAAGAGUAAGGAUGUCAAGUGGGACAACAUACUGGUGUUACACAUGCAGGCAGCCAAUCUGGCUUGAAGGGAGGGAAGCCAUUUGCCCCUACUGUGACGGAGGCUUUGUGCAAGAACUCAAUGAGCUGCGAGGAGUUGCGCGCCAACACGGCUUCUCAUCGCGGAUGGAAGAUGCUCAUCAAAUGCCUGACAUUAUGGAUGCUGUAAGAGCUGUUAUGGAGCAAAGAGGUUCUGAACCGAGAAUUCGGGUUAGAGAUGCUGUUGAUAACUUUAUGAGGCAGAGAAUGGCUGGAAGAUACACAAACUUUGAUGUUAGAAGGAGGUCUGGUUCUGGUUCUGGUUCUGGUUCUAUCCUUAUUCCUGAUGAGACUUGGGGUGUCUUUAGUUCUGGUCCUUAUUUGAUAUUUCAUGGUCAAGCACCAGGAUUCACCAAUUCUAAUGGUAGCUCAAGAGGUGGUCCUAGGCGUGUUGAUUUUGGUGACUACUUUCUGGGUCCUAGACUAGAAGGACUAAUUGAACAACACAUUUCAAAUGACCGGCUUGGUCCACCCCCUGCAUCGCACUCUUCGAUUGAUGCAAUGCCAACUAUUAAGAUCACACAUGAACACCUACAGUCUGAUUCACACUGUCCAGUUUGUAAGGAACGAUUUGAACUGGGAUCCGAGGCCAGGAAGAUGCCAUGUAACCACGUUUACCACUCAGAUUGUAUUGUUCCAUGGUUAGUUCUGCAUAACUCGUGUCCUGUGUGCCGUGUUGAGCUGCCACCGAAAGAACAUACUAGUUCUCGUGGUAGACGAAUUUGGGGUAAUGGCAGUGGUAGUGGUAGUAGCAAUGAUAUCUCUAGGGGAAGAGAGAAUAGACAGAUGAACAAUGGAAGGAGAAAUCUGCUAUCUUAUUUGUGGCCAUUCCGGACCUCUAGUUCAAGUACUUAGAGUGUGUUUGUUUUAUCAGAAUCACACUUUCCAAAGCAUGUUGAACGUGAUUUCUAUGAGAUUGAUUUUGAAGGUGAUUCAAAGCCAAACCAAAGGCAACCUUAAUCAUUGUGCUGAGACCGGGGAAUCUACUGUUUUAUAUCUCUUUGGCCAGAACAAUGACAGAAGUUAAAAAGUUUCCUUUCUUCUUCGAGACAAGUGUAAUUAGCUGUCAAAAAAUGCUUGUAAUUUAAAUGACAUGAAGAAAGUUUCUGUAGAUUGUGCUUUGAGCUUGAUCUCAUAGAUCAUAGAAGUAUGCGAGUAUCUUUGUAAAUACAAUAUUCUUAAAACCAACUUUUGUUUUAUAUUUUCCGUUGUUUAGAAGCUUUCA